ACAACAUGUAGUAAAAAAAAAUCCAAUGAAGCCGGUAGUUCACAAGAGUGUUAUCACAUUCAGUAAUCAAAAUACUCAUGUCUAUUGAUUUUUUUAAAAUUAAAUUAAACCGGAAAUUAAACCGAAAAUGAAUACUCAUACAGUACUAUUUUACGCUAGUAUUUUAACUGUUUUAACAUUUAAAGUCGACUGUUUGGUGGACCCAUUCACUGGCGCUUUGAUUGCCGCGGGCGCUGGCUUGUAUUUUGGGUACAAUAAAAUCACAUGCUCGUACUAUGAAUGCUGUGAUGAUCACUACAUUCAUUAUGAUUUGACAGGGUUAGAUCGAGCCCUUGAGAGAAAUCUCUACGGGCAGCAUAUUGCUCAUGAUGUCGUAGUGAGUGCCCUCCGAGCUCACGUAAGAUCAGGUCAUAGUCCAAAAGCUCUGGCGAUGAGCUUCCAUGGAACUCCGGGCACGGGAAAAAAUUUUGUCACACAGAAUAUUGUAAAGAAUUUUUAUAAAGAAGGUGCUAAGAGCAAAUACUAUCAUUUUUUUAGCGGGAGACUGAGCUUUCCUUUGCAGAAUAAGGUGGCUAUGUACCAGGAUGAAUUGAAAGAUUCAAUAAUCAACAGUCUUGUGGAGUGUCCGCAAUCUUUAUUCGUGUUCGAUGAAGUAGAUAUGAUGUCACCAGGAAUUUUAAAUGUUCUCGUGCCAUUCAUGGAGUACUCAACAGCCCAGAUUUUCCAUCGCGGCAAGCGUGUUGAUGUGGAAACGAACAAAGCAAUUUUUAUAUUUCUAUCCAACACCGGAAGCCAGGAGAUUGUCGAGACCCUGCAUCAUUUAUGGCAAAGCGGAAAGAAACGAGAGGAAACGAGUCUCUCGGACUUUGAAGAAUUAGUAUCUAAGGGAGCGUUCAAUGAGAAUGGGGGUUUUCAUAAAAGUGACACGAUAACAACGAGUCUAAUUGAUCACUACGUGCCAUUUUUGCCUCUGGAAUCUGAGCAUGUUGAGAAAUGCAUAGAAGCGGCUUUCAGAGAACGCGGUAGAAGUCCCUCUGCUCAGCAGAUCCAAGACGUUAUGAGCCACGUGACUUUCAGUCCGCCUCUGGAAAUUUUUGCUAAGAGCGGAUGCAAAAGAAUUGAGCAGAAAGUCGCCAGUAAUCUUUAUCGUCGCUCAUCAAAGUAAUUAUUCUUGCAAAAUGUGAUAAAAAUAAAUUUACAAUAAAUGUUUUUCAAGAAAGAUAAUAUUAUAUUUUUUACAACAAAUCAAAUAUAUACAUUUAGUUUUUUUAUUGGCACGAUUGGACAAUACGUCUUAUCAUUAAAAAAUAUCAGAUAUAUGUGUAUAUAUAUAUAUAUAUUUUUUUUUUUUUUCAAGAAUAACAAUCGAUUUGUAUUUUUUUAUGUAAAUAUAGUGAUAAAUAUAUAUAGGCAAUUAAAGCCUUGAUUUAAUUUUUUUUAGUACAUAAAAGCAUUUUUUUUCAAGCAGUCUCAAUUCCAAGCGAGAAUGAGUUUAACAAUUUAUUUAA